CGGCGGGCGGGCGCGUAGCAUGCUGAGCGGCGCCCCAGGCGGCCCAGCGGUUUGGGCGAGGUCUUCGGCGAGGCGCACAGAGAGGCGCGGGCCCCACGACAGGCGCGGGGCCGCACUGCAGUGACUAGGGGCUCGCCGGGAGCCGGCGCGGAGCUAGGGGGGCCCGCCCCGCCCGCCUCCUCUGCCGGGACAGCCAGGGGAGGAGGCGCCCAUGCGGGGCCGCGCAGCACGGUGAGGGCGCGCUCGGGCGGGCGGGGGCGCAGCCGGCACCAUGUCCAUGCUGCCCACCUUCGGCUUCACGCAGGAACAAGUAGCGUGCGUGUGCGAGGUGCUGCAGCAGGGCGGCAACAUCGAGCGCCUCGGCCGCUUCCUGUGGUCACUACCGGCUUGCGAGCACCUCCACAAGAAUGAAAGCGUGCUCAAGGCCAAGGCCGUGGUGGCCUUUCACCGCGGCAACUUCCGCGAGCUCUACAAAAUCCUGGAGAGCCACCAGUUUUCGCCGCACAACCACGCCAAGUUGCAGCAGCUGUGGCUUAAGGCGCACUACAUCGAGGCCGAGAAGCUGCGCGGCCGGCCCCUGGGCGCUGUGGGCAAAUACCGCGUGCGCCGUAAAUUCCCCUUGCCGCGCUCCAUCUGGGACGGCGAGGAGACCAGCUACUGCUUCAAGGAAAAAAGUCGCAGCGUUCUGCGCGAGUGGUACGCGCACAACCCCUACCCUUCACCCCGCGAGAAGCGCGAAUUGGCCGAGGCCACCGGCCUCACCACUACGCAGGUCAGCAACUGGUUCAAGAAUCGGCGGCAGCGCGACCGGGCGGCGGAGGCCAAGGAAAGGGAGAACAGCGAGAAUUCCAACUCCAACAGCCACAAUCCACUGGCUUCGUCGCUGAACGGUAGCGGCAAGUCAGUGCUAGGCAGCUCCGAGGACGAGAAGACGCCGUCGGGAACGCCAGAUCACUCGUCGUCCAGCCCCGCUCUGUUGCUCAGCCCGCCGCCACCACCCGGGCUGCCGUCCCUACACAGCCUGGGCCACCCUCCAGGCCCCAGUGCCGUUCCCGUGCCGGUGCCGGGAGGAGGCGGUGCGGAUCCACUGCAGCACCACCAUAGUUUGCAGGACUCCAUCCUCAACCCCAUGUCGGCCAACCUCGUGGACCUGGGCUCCUAG